CUGGCAUUCGUUUUUAUUGAUCGAGCCAGAACAAGCCCCGAUGAGCCACAGCUUACAUUUGAAGAUCUCUAUUUAUAUGGGAAGUAUGACUAUACGGAUGGGAACUGGCCCUCCUGCGUUGCUUUCAUGAGGAGGGCAAUGGAAGACUUUCACUACGAAUUUUUUAAAAAUUUAUGCAUUUUGAAACGGUUUUAUGGGCUGUCUCUCAGGUACUUCGAAGAUGAAUUGGUGUGGUGCAGGCAGAAGUGCACCCAACAGAUUGAACCACCAGACGAAAGUAUUUUCUCACAAAAACAUGCCCACUCUGAGCGCGCCAUCUGCUUGCUUCGAUGCAAAAGGGAUAAGUUCACUGAAAACAGGCCACCCUUGAAGAAAAUGAACACAUUUUUCGACUUUGUUGAGCGGAAGCCAUAUCAGUAUAUGCACAUAUGCUAUUGGAGGAUGGGUGAACUGGAGAUGGCAGUGAAGAGCGCCUAUACUUUCCUGGUAAAAAAUCCGGAUCAUAAGGAUACUCUUGACGGUAUGGCAUUCUAUAUGGAGCAGCCAGGCUAUGAUGAUAGCAUGCUUAUCGAUCUCCUUCGAAGACCAUAUGAGGUUUAUAAUUGACU